AUGUUCAAGAAGAAGCCCACGAUCAAAAACCUUUCUCCUCUGCGAUCUUCCGACCGUCGGAAAAUUGCCGACCAGAUCAUCAGCGAUUACAAGAUCGAGGUUCCCUCCAAUACGUCGACUGAAGACGCGAGCGCAUCGAACCCCGCCGCGCCCAAUCUCACCACCAUCCGAAAUGCGCUUCUACCCGAUAAUUCGUUGUCAGCGCGCUUCACGACGACAGCGGGGCCUCAGCUGAAAGCGGUGCAAGGCACCGUGUACGUCGGCUCACAUGGGGGCAGCGAGGAACGAAUUCUGUGGUUCAGGCUGGACCACGGCCCCGGUGCCGACGGACGCCUGUACCCCACCGUCUAUACCCUGUGGAAUAACCCCAACAUCGUUCCACUGGUGCAUACUCCGGACUUCGUGAUGCAGAAGCUGCGGGGGGGUGCGGACUUGAUGACGCCGGGUCUGGCGAAUGAACCGCCAUUCCCUGAGCGUGCAGUCAAGGGAGCGGUGGUUGCGGUGGCGGGUCUGGACCGACAUACAGUGCCAUUGUUCGUUGGGAUCUGCGAGAUUGAUAUCUCGGCUCUUGGAGAAGUCCAGGGCACAAAGGGACAUGCGGUACGGGGCUUGCAUUGGGAAGGAGAUGAGUUGUGGGCGUGGAGUUCAUCUUCCCGGCCGGGACAACCGUCUCCGGAGUAUAUCGAGGGCUGGGACGAGGAUCUGGAGAGUGAGGAGGAGGGUGCUGAGGAGAUUCAGGAGGGUGUCGAUGAUAUGAAGUUGGCUGAGAAAGACGCCAGCGAAACUGAGGGCCAAGAAGAGCCUCUAGGUGAAACUCCUGAGGAUCAGCCCGAGGCAGAAGAAGCAGCUCCGGUGGGAAAGGAGCCUUCUAUGAAAGAGAUCGACGAGGCCUUUGAAAAGGCAUUCCUCUAUUCCCUACACAAGCUCAAGCAGGACAAUCCCUCAUCCCCAAACCACGGUCUUUCCCUUCCUGUCCAACCUUCCGCUCUCAUCUCGAAUAUGAUUACGCCGUAUCUUCCCAUAUACACGGCACAGCAGGCGCAAUUCUACCUCAUCAAAAAGACGAGCUGGAAGAACGUCAAGAAGUUCAUCAAGUAUCUGGACAAGCAGCGAUUGGUUAAGUCCAAGGACCGCAAUGGCCAAGAGACCGUUAUAUUGGAUGUGGACUUCAAUGACCGCCGCGUGGAGCAGUUUGUUCCCUACAAACUUCCCAACAAGGAUGCCCUCGAGAGCGCUGGAAAGACUGGCGCCGGUGGAAACAAGAAAACGGUGGCGAAUGAUGGAGGAGACCCUGCCGUCGGUCAGACGCUCAACGUUCAAGCGCUCUACCGGCCAACGCCCAAGCUCAUACCGACCAUCUUCGCACCGCUAUCCACCUCCGAUCCCAGGAACUUCUACAAGUACCCCGACGUCUCCAACGCACUGGACCAAUACCUUCAAGCCCAGAGCCCCCCAAUCGUCAGCAAGGAGAACCGCCGCAUUAUCAAUCUUAACCCCUUCCUCGCCAACACCAUCUUCACAUCCUCAUCCGCCGAAGACAAGAGCACCAUUGCCCGCGGCAAGACCACUCGUGACGGUCUCCUGAAGCGAAUUGUGGAAGAUAACAGCCUGAUGACCAGGCAUUAUGUGAUCCUCCGAACCGGGCAGACGCUGGCGGACGUGAAGCCCCGACCCGGGACAGCCCCCAAAGCCAACGUGAUUCUUGAGCGCCGAACGGGCUCGAAGACCGUCACCAAGGUUUCCAACCUGGAGGUGUUCGGGAUCAUCCCUGGCUUGCUGGCCGAGGAACUGCAGAAGAAGUGUGCCAGCAGCACCAGCGUGACCCAGGCGAACGGCGCGCCCAAGGGGGUCAUGGAGGUUCUCAUACAGGGUGACCAGCGACGUGCAUUGGAGACGGCACUAUUACGACGGGGAUUGAAGGCGCAAUGGAUUGACACGGUGGAUAAGACUAAGAAGAAGAAAUGA